GUCCGCGGUGCUGACGAGAGAGAGACUCCGCGUUUGUGCUCACGGUGCAACCCAGCCAUAAACAUACCGAGAGCGAUGCGCAACGCACUCACGACUCCUUGUUAAAACAGACCGAGAGCAAAGGUAAAACAUGUCGUCAUCAUCUAGAUGCUGCGCAACAGGGGUGUUCGUCCUCCCCUCGCUUCUUCUUCUGCCCCUAUUUCUUUCUCUCGUUUGUGGAGUUCGAGGGGCCACACUAAGAGAGCAUCGCCUGAGCGGAAGUGAACCCGUGUCUUACGGACCCGCGUCUCAAAUGCGUCCUCCUCCGAGUGCCGAGAUGCUCAGAGCUCUCCGCUACAUCCAAAGCCUCAGCCAGAGAACCCCACCUGAUGACGAGGGCCAGCAAGACACUUCAGACGACAUGGAGAGCGUUCGCUCCAUGCUACAACUGUCAGCUCCUCCCCGAAUGGAAGAAAGCAAGGAAGAGAAAGAUAAAACUCAAGAGUUGCUGCAAGCGGUGCUUACCACGCUACAGCAGACUGAGGAGCAUAUGGUGCCUCAAAAGACCUCCCAGAAGGUCUUCACACCAUCUCAACCUCGUUACACCAUCCACCCCUUUACAAGAGCAAAGGAAAAACUAGAAGUGGAACCUUCGGUUGAGAAUUACGGAACGACCUCAUGGAGCAAUCCGGAGAGCCGGAGGCGGCAACGAAAGUUCCCACUUAUGUAUGAGGACGAAGAAGAUCAGGAGCAGCCUCUCAAACGUACCAACGAGAAUGCAGAAGAACAGUACACACCUCAGAAGUUGGCGACUCUUCAGUCUGUGUUUGAGGAACUGAGUGGAAUCUCAACUAAGGCCAACAGCAAACGGGAGGAUGGUGAAGAAGAUGAUGAUAAUGAUAACGACUUGUACAGACAGAGGAAGAUGGUCCUGGAGGACAUCAUGGGAACUGAUGAAUGGGCACCACUGGAGGAACAAACAGAGACUGAUGAAGAACAAAGAGAGAGGCAUGGGUUUAAUCGCAACCUUGCGGAUGAUGAGCAAGAGGAGGACGAGGAAGAAGAUGAGGUCAAAAGAUCCAACCAACCUGUUUGGUUCCGGAGAGGAAAAGAGGAGGAGCCUGAGGACAUCGCAAAGCUCAUGGACUACUAUCUUCUGCAAAUCCUAGAAAAGCAAGAGCAGGAGCAGCAGAAACGACAAGAGGCUAGUAAGAGCGAGCAAGAAAGCGACCGAGAGGUGGAGAAAAAAGAUGUGGAUGAAGACGAGGAUGAAGAGGAGGAUGAGAAAGAAGAGAGGGAAAUUAAGCCCAUGCACAAUACAUUUUCCCAGAUAAUUAAAAUCUCACAGAAGCUAGGAAUCCCACCCGAGGAAGUUCUUGAGCUUCUCCAAAACGAGAAACAGAAGGAUUUAUUCGGAAUCCCAAUGAAGUCACGUACUCCGUACGUAAACGCUCGCAAGACCUUCGCCGCAGCACCUCACCGACAGCCACUUGAGACAUCAGUUGCCCAGGACAUAAUGAACAUCCUUGAGCUGGUAAACGCAGUGCAACAAAACCGACAAGCGCGACCGAAAACAUCAAGUUACUACGAGAGGGAAGCCAGCAGGGAUGAUUAUGACGAUACCGCCGGCGAGGAAGACGAACUUGCUAAUUACCUAGCGUCGGAAAUGUUCGCGCAUGGACAGAGACGUGCACGUGAGGAGGAUCAGCCUGACUACUUCGAAAAAAGCGCGCCAGAAAAAAGACCCGCGAAACACGAGACCGCAGCGGCGGGAUUAGACAACAACACAAUGCUGCAAAUCCUGCGGUAUUUGGAUCCGGAGAGCGACGAUGUUGACGAAACAGACUCUGAGGGGAAAACUGUCCCUGAAAUGUAGAUGUGUAGAUAACGAUUAUAUUAAUUGUUUGAAGUUUGUCAUAUAAUAAAGUAUUUUGAAACAAAUAUAUCCCCUAAUUGCGUUUAGUCAAUGUAGUGCUCCAGCUUUUCUCAUUUCUUGUUCUGUAUAGUGAAAAUAAAAAGAGUAUUUUAGUAAAACCGAUGAAUUUGUUUAUUAGUUAGUGAACAGAACUAUGUAAAUAGUCGCCGGCUUUACCUCUUUAACAUAUGAACACACACAGAUUUUCUCCUUCUUAUCGACGCCAGUUAUGUUUUCAGUCAGUCAGUAUCUUGUGCGUGUGAUGAGGUCAUGUGUGACGUGGCAGAGGUAAAUAAAGCAUUUGUUCACACCAUG